AUGUCGACCACGAAGACCUGGGGCCCCAUCGGCGCCUGGGCAGCCGAGUCGGAGGCCGCAGAGGCCGAGGAGCGGGCUGCCGCUGCGGCGGCGGCGGGGGGAACGGCGGCGACGGCGGAUACUGAGAGCUUCCCCAGUCUCAAGGAAGCCGCCUCCGCCAAGCCCAAGAAGAAGAAGGGGGUCACCAUGCCUCUCUCGGAGUUCUACAGCGCCUCAUCCUCUUCGACCACGUCUCGGGGCCUCACACCGGAUGAGCUGUCGCGCCUCCCCACCGGGCCAAGGGAACGCUCCCAAGAGGAGCUCGAAUUAGGCCGCGGUUUCCGCUCGUUCGGCCUUGGUAGCGGCAUGUCUGGCCGUAGGGAUGACGUAGCGGGCGGCGGGAGGAGGUCUUACGGUGGAUUUGAUGACGAUCCCGGGCGGCGGGGGCCGCCAAGAUCUUCGGAUUUCGAGCAGAUGCCUUCGCGGGCCGACGAGGUCGAUAACUGGGGUUCUAUGAAGAAGACUCUCGCAUCGCCACUUCCUAUGGAGUCCGGCAGACAGGACCGCUACGAGGCGCUUGGGGGCAGGGGCGGGGCUUCGAGAGCUGACGAGAUGGACAACUGGGCAGCGGGAAAGAAGCCACUUCCUUCCAGGCAACCUGGGUUUGGAUCGGGAUUUAGGGAUUAUGCUCCAGCAGAUUCCGACCGCUGGGGAAGGGGCGCAGUGAGCCAGCUGCCUCCAAAUGGCGACCGUGAGAGACCCAGGCUCGUGCUGGAACCGCGAAAGGCUGAUGCUGCGGGGGCUCUACCUGAGCCGGCGAAGACGACUAAGCCAAGCCCAUUUGGAGCAGCGCGUCCAAGGGAGGAGGUUUUGGCUGAGAAGGGGAUGGAUUGGAGAAGACUAGAAGCUGAGAUUGAGACCAAGAAGACAAGCCGACCCACGAGUUCUCACUCCAGCAGGCCUUCCAGUGCGCACUCAAGCAGGGCUCAGAGCCCGACCAGACAUUUGGGAGUACCUGAAACGGUAGUGAAGCCUAGGCAGAAGGUUAAUCCUUUCGGUGAAGCAAAACCGCGUGAAGUUAUCCUACAGGAGCAAGGGAAAGACUGGAAGAAGAUUGACUUUGAACUGGAGCAUCGUGGAGUUGAUAGGUAAUUUGCUCCAUUUACUCUGCAUUACACUUUGAUCCUUCUAUUCCUCAUUGAUAACAACGUAAUUUCCUACCCUUUUGGCAACCCUUAAUGUCCCUACCGUUAUUCAAGGUUCUAAUCCCUGCUAUUUCUUUCCUUGAAAUAAUUCAGGUAGAGACUCCAGUGUGUGUUAUUUCCUUCAUUCAUGUACUCUGCUUCCAUAGACUUUAUCCAUUCAAAUAUUUUUCUCCUUUUUCUCUUGUUCUUUGUAGAAAUGUGUUUUGAGUUUGUCAACAAUAAAUGGUUUUAACUGGCAGAGUAGCUGCAUUCUGUUGUGAGAUAACUUUAUUGAAUGCGUUACUAUUGGCUAUUUUUAUGCAUCCGUCAUGUAAGAAAAUAUUCCCAGAAAACUUUUCUGGAGGAAACUUCGGGAGAGUUUGCAAUGCCCAAGUACUAUGGUGUCUUUGGGAUCACUAAAGGAUUAUUCUUAUUUCCAAUAAUUGAAAACUCUUCCAAGGAAUGGUAGCAAUACCUUGUAACUGUCUUAUUCAAGCAAUAUUCUGCAUGCCGCAUAAUAUUCACAAAGACAAUGGUUUGAUUUAUUAAAAAAAUUAAAUAUUUAUACAAUUUAACAUGCUUAUUAUACUCCUUAUGUAUCUAUACCCCUUAUGCAUCCUCCAUGCAUAACCAACACACCAUGUGGUUCUGUGGUUUUCAUGAUAUACGCAACGAUUUUUUGUGAGUCAGUUUAUUAUGACUAAAGAUAGGCGAAUAAAUUAGGUAUAAUGAUUAAGGCAGAAGCCAGCCAACUAGAGUAUACUAUAUUUGAUUAAGAGAUCUCUUGAGAUAGAUGCCUCAUUUGAAAUGAUUUUGAUAACAUUUAAGACAAGACAACAUGGUUUUUGUAAUAGUUGUACUUGCUGUCUUCUGUUGGGGUUUUGUAAGCAAAGUCAAUUGGCUUACUGCAGUUCCUUUGAAAGGAAAUCCCUCUGUCACCUUUCAUGCCACAUCAAUCGUCAAGUGUCCAAAACCAAACCCAUAAAAGGAAAACAAAUGCUGUGUUUAUGGGAUUGUUCUUUGUUAUGCCAUGCAACUCAUGUAUUUCAUUGGUUUUGUUUGAUUUGCCAAAUUACGUGCAUAUGCAUCUACACAUCUUAAUGCUGUGUGUCAGAGUACGCAUAUCUGUUUUAUGAAAUGUCACUUCGACCUGAGCUCAACUUGUUCAGAGUUAACCUCACCUAACUUGUGUUAGAUACACGUCUUUUUGAAGUCAGUAGGAACUGACUCUCCUAUGAUAUUGCAUUCAUACAAAACGUUCAGCUAGAACGUUUGGUAUGUAUCUUACUCGUAAUCUUCUCCAUUCUUCGUUGUCUCCUUUUCUCCAGACGUGCGCAAAACUUGCAGCUUCGCCUCAUUCUUGGUCAUCCCGAAUAUUUGGGAGCAUCAUUUCGUCUAAGGGUAUUCUGUGUGUCUAACUUCAUUAUUUUUCCUCAUCACUGAUUUCCAAAAGCUCUUGAUUGAGAAGAAAGAUGACUCCUUUGUUCAAUCGGUUUGGAAUUUUGCUGUCUUGCCCAAUGUUUUAUUUAUUAUAUAUCAUCCAUGCUUCAUUGGUAGAUGUGCAAGAAGUUGGUUCAUGAAUAUCAGAUAAGAGCAUUAGUGUUCUGAUGAAUUUCUAGUUUUAUUCUUCUGACUUUAAAAGUGCUUCUAUUGCUAAUAUUAUUCAAUAAAUCGAAAAUUCAAUAUCAACCUUUCUUCUUGCCAUUUUGUCUGUUGGAUCUGUAUGUGCAUUAUUUCCAUGUAAUCUAAACGUCGGGAAUUUUAUCAGUGGUUUUCCUUUGGAGCAUUUUCUUUUCCAAUGCUACAUUGAGUUUUUUAAUAAGGAGAUUAUCUGUGUUCACUUUUUGUUUUGAAUUAAGGGUGUAGUGAUAGGCAAGCCUUCUAAAGCUAGGAAGGGUGGGUUAUGGCAAAUUGACUUAAUUAAUGAAUGUAGGAACCUUUAUUUUUAUGGAAAACGUGGAUGUCAUUUUAAAUUAACGUUUUUAAAGGUAAGUCGAAGCCUGAUUGAUGGCUGGAAAUGUAUCUUUCUAUGGGUGACGGUUCAUUUUAGUAAGUGGAGGGGAAAUUUUGUAUUCUGUUCAUACACAGAUGCAAAUGCUAAGUUGGGCAAGAAUGAAAGGAGAAUGCUAUUAAAGUUCGUAUUCAGGUAAAGUACUAUUAAAGUUAAAUGUAAGAAAUUUGCCGCAAGCAAAAAUUUUGAGAACUGAUAGCUUUAUUUAGAUAUUGAUUAUUCUAUGUCUGAAACCUCAUUCAUUGGGAAAAUAAUCUGACUUUGUCCCUGCUCCUAGGGGCGGUGGGGCCUUUUUUUAUGGUGGAUGAUACACAAGAUGGCACUCAUAUGGAUACAAUGUGUUUGCCUUUCAAUAACAAAUCCAUAAAACCUUAUGCCUGGGUAACCUGAAUGGAAAAAUUAAAGUCUGCACUGACAGCAAACAGGAAGUCAGGAAAGAUGCAGGAAAGAUUCCUGUAUUAAGGCCACCCGUUUUAUUUUUUAUUUUUAUGGACUUCGCCCAAUUACAACGGAAAAUGGAAAUUGUUGAUUCUAUGUUUCUGAAGCUGACCAUUCUUUCACUUUAUAAAAUUACUCUAGGACAUAUCUCCAUUCCCUUUUCUUCAAAUGACCUCAAAGUAUUUGUUAGCCUGUAUAUCUUUUUCUUCUGCCCACAAAUAUGAUACAGUCCACUCAUAGUGGAUGAAUAUUAGCGAUGAUUAUCUUUGGCAACUCUGUUAUGUUAAAUAUAGCUCCGUUUUUCACUUCAUUACGAAAUUCUCUGAAUAGACCAGCAGCAUUUUUUUACUAUCCACUAUAGGAAUAAUAUUUUAAGGCACUGAGCGGAUAAAUAUCUCGACUUUAGCUGGAAUUAGGUUGAUCUGAAUGAAAUCUUAUAUCAAAACCUGUUGUUUUCUUUUCCAUUUGCCAUAUAUGUGUUUAUCGUUGUUUGUCAGACAACUCAUUUUACCGCGUUUACCUUUUUAUUGAAGGUGAAUUUCAUAAAGUGUUUUAGAAAUGACUGUUCCCAAUACAAAUGAGUUCAACCGACUUCGUGUGCAACAUGAGAUUUGUUCUAUGCUUCUAGGGAGGUUCUGAUGCCUUUAUUUCUGGAACUACGGUUUUGAAAGCUGGGAAUAUUCCUUUUUUAAGUACGCGGGAAGUGACUGAUAUAUAGCUACCCACUUUCUGCUGCCAAGAUUUAUAUGAAGAUACUGCUACAUAGUUUUUAGCUUCAGAAGGGAAGAUUGGCACCUACUUUGGCCUUUCCUAGAUUGCAUGCCAUUUUUUUUAAUGGGUGAAUUAUGUUAUUAUCCGCGAAAUUGCGAUAUAUGUAGUUAACGAAUUUGCGAUCUAAAUGAAAGCUUGACUUUCAUUUUUGUGCUUGCUGGGAUUUCCAUUUUAAUGAAAGGAUUAUUUCCUCUUAGUGUAACCAUGUUCAUGUUGCAAAACUAUUUCUAGAGCGACUGAGGUCAGGCAAAGUGUUACGGUACUGCGUCAAACCUUGGUUUUUGUUAGCAUAACCUGACUUUGGUUGAUAAACGAUUUUCGAGCUUUGUGAGCCUAAAAGUUUAUCUGAACUAUUGACAGAUAUAGGCAGAGUGAUGGCGUGUUAUUCAUGUGUUUUCAUAUUUAUUGAUACUUUUGUGUAUCACUGGGUGACCUAAAUCAGUGAUACCACUUACGAAAUCUGUCGGGAGCUUGAUAUCUUUUGGAAAAUUGCUUGCAGUAAAUUUCAAGCUAUUAGACAAUUAUUAUAUCCAAUUGCUUAUAAGUGGGCACCUACUUUCGACAUUAUUGUGCAUUGGUUUAAGCUCUGGACGUAGAAUAUGAUGAUAGCAUAUGUAGAACCUAAUCAGUCAUUAUAGACCAUAUGAACCUAGUUGAUCUUCAUUUCGUUGCAGAGGCCUUCAAGUAGAGAAGUCCACUGUUGAACCAGAUGACUCUUACAACAAAACUACCAUCCCUAUUCUGUGCUGCAUGAACACGUACAUAUGCUAAAAUUAUUAGUGCUGCGAGAAAUGAAGUGAUUAAAAUACUUUCUGGUUUCAAGAACUGUUCCUUUUUUUUUCAGUGUUAUUAUUUGUGUUGUAGUUUGAAACAAUUUGACGACUUUCUGGAAUGUUGCCGUCCUGCUCAUUUAUUCCACUAUCUGAAGAUUGUAUUAACGACUAAUCUCUGUAGUUGCAUGUUAAAAUUUCAGACCUGAGACUGAAGAAGAAAAGAUGUUGAAGGAACAAAUCAACCUUCUGAAUGAGCACCUGACUAAAGACAAUAAAGCUAAUGACAAUGGGGAAUCCGACCAGUUCUCUCCUGAAGAUCUUGAUACUGUCCAGCAGAAGAAAGAUAAUUUAGAAAGGGAGCUGGAGCACCUAUCACGCGAGUUGGAUGACAAGGUUCGGUUUGGGCAGAAAGCAAAUGACCGAAGGCCUGGCUCUGGAUCAGGAAGACUUAGCAUUAUGUCAGAUAGGCCUUCCUCACAGUCUGGUGCAUCAGAAGAUGCAAGGAGUACGGAGUUCACGGAGAGGCCUCGAUCCCGUGGAGGAGGGGGAGACACGUGGAGCAGGCCAGCAGAUGAUCGUAGAUCAUAUCAGCUCGGAACGGGAGGAGGGUUUCUUGGGAAUAGAAGCAUGAACAGGUAUGUGCUUCAUAUUAAUAAAAAAACUAUUGGAUUGACAUAGCAUGGGAUACGCAUGAAACAUCGAGAAAAUAAUAUGAGGAAUGUCUGUUUUUCCUUUCCUGUUAUGAUUCAGCUGCCGUGUACUCUUUUUUUUUCUGGGUGAUUAGUCUCCACUUUUGGAAAUAAAGUGCUGUUAACAAGUUAUCUCCUUUUGAUCGAUAACUUCUUGUCCCAAUUAGAAGAGGAUUUGAAUUGAGAAAAAGAAGGGUUAAUGUUAGUCCGAAAAUCGUGCAAAUAUUUACAAGAUAUCCGGAUCGCCGUUUUACUUUGCAUAUCUUUUCAUUGAUUCAAAGUACAUUCUAGCAGCACUGCCGUGUAGGUAUCAGAGCAGCAGCUCAUGUGGGAAAAUUUCCUCGUCCAAGAAAAUAAAUUAUGGAGCAUUUGAUCAAGCUCGAUUAAACUUGAUAUUCUUCUUGGGUUAUUCUUUAGGCUUUUUGAUUUAAAUCAUUAUGGAAUAACAUGCAAUAAUAUGCCAACUAUUUUUGACUCCUUUGAGAUCUUUUUCAAUAUUUCAUGGCCAUGAAUAUUUUCACAAGAAAAUAAAAUUUUAAAAUCUUUCCUCAUUGGUAUCUCUUGAGAAUAUGAUUUCUGUGGGUUUCAGGUCCCAGUCCAGGGAAAGAUGGUGA